AGAAGGAAGACUAUGAGCCUCCUUCCUUUGCCAAAAAGCCUGCUGUCGGUGACAGAUGGGAGGGCGAAGACGAGGAAGACGUGAAGGAUGCUGCGAAACAGAGGCGAGACGUGCACGCACUGCUAAGACAGCGGUUCUGAAUGUCUGGCUCUCGAUCGCUUGCCCGCAGCAUACGACGUCAACACGGUGCCAUGCCUGAGAGCCGAGCGGACACAUGGAUAACUGGGACGAUGAGGAGGAGGAGAAAGAGGCGACACCUCCCGCUGAAGCUUCAUCGACGUUGGUUGCCCCCAAGAAGAAGAAGCCUCUGAGCCAGAUCAUCCAGGAGAAAGAGGAGCGGAGGAGACGGGAAGCUGAGGAGAAGCGGGCACGCGAAGAACAACAGCGAGCCGCCCUGACACCAGAGGAGGAGCAAGCUGAGAAGCUGAGGCGCCAGCGCAUGCAGGAGGAAGCUGACUUGCAGCUAGCCAAGGAAGCCUUUGUUGGCCCAGCAGGUGACCCUGCACUUGACGGACUCUGCCCACUGUCUUUGGUUCCCGGACUAACAGAGUCAGAUGGCAUUGACAAUCUUCAACCAGUGACAAGGGACGACUUUGACAACCUCCGCAAGGCCUUGGCAGCCAAGCUAACAGCAUGCGAAAGGUCACCUCACUACGUGGGCUUCCUGGAUGACCUGCUCAGAGACCUCAGCCUCAACAUGGAAUCCGAAGAUGUGAAAAGGCUGUCCAGUUCCCUCAAUGCAGUUGCUAAUGAAAAGGUCAAACAGCAAAAGUUGAAGCACAAAAAGAAAGGAACCAAGAAGGGAGCUAGCCUGAAUGUUGGAAAGGAUGAUGGCCUAGUUAAUCUGGAAGAUUACGGCAAUGAAUACGACGACUUCAUGUAGCAUUGGCUACCUGUCUAGUUAUUUAUCCAUUCUGUUUAUACUGCUACUGCAAUAAAAGGGCUUUUCUAAGAGAA